AUGAGUAACGAACAUAUAGCAACUCAUCCAGAGAACAACAAAAAAUUAGCUAGAUUACCAGUUCCAGAUUUGAAGGAUACAUUACAAAGGUAUCUCGCUAGAUUGGAACCGUUACAAGAAGCACAUCAACAUGAAGCUACAGUGCGUGCAGUUUUAAGCAAUGAAAACAUACACAAAUUGAAAAUUUUGCAAAAUAAAUUGCUAGAAUACGACCACGAACUAGACAUAGAAACGAAUGGAGAAUCGUCUUACAUCGAACAAUUUUGGUUUGACGCAUAUUUAGAAUAUGACGCUUCAGUUGUGUUUAACGUUAACCCAUUUUUUCAAUUGCAAGAUGAUCCUACUUUGUUAUCCACUGAUAAAGACGUCCAAAUUAAAAGAAGUGCCAAAUUAGUUUUAUCAAUGUUAAAGUUCGUACGUGAAAUUAGAAAAUCUACUCUAAAACAAGAUACCGUUAGAGGAAAGACUCCAUUGUCUAUGGAUCAAUAUUCUAAAUUGUUUGGUAGUGCGAGGUUACCACCAAAUAACGAACAGGACAAAAGUGAUAAUAAUCCUUCGUGCCAUUUGCAAACUGAUCCAACUUCGCACCACAUUGUGGUUAUUCACAAGUCUCGGUUUUAUUGGUUUGACGUAUUAGAUACAAACAACAAUCCAAUCUUUCAAUCUCCUGAAGAAUUAGAAUGUAACUUGUACUCCAUCAUCCAGGACUGUUUACAAAAUGCCGAUGAAAACAAUAGUUUCCCAGCCGGCGUUUUCACGACUGAAAAUCGUAAAGUUUGGUCUAAUGUUAGAUCCUAUAUGAUGUCUCAAGAGGAUGACACUAAUUCCCAUAAUUUAAAGAUUAUUGAUAGUGCCUUAUUCAUCUUAUGUUUGGAUGAUAUUUCCAUUGACGAUGAGCGCAGGUUAGUUCAAAACUUAUUAUGUGGCGAAUCAAAGUUGAUAAAUAAUUAUUCAACUCAAACUGGUACUUUUUUAAACAGGUGGUUCGAUAAGUUGCAAUUGAUAGUAACUGAAAAUGGCAAAGCGGGUAUUAAUUUCGAACACACUGGUGUUGACGGACAUACAGUUUUACGUAUGUGUUCCGAUAUUUACACUGAUUCUAUUUUAAGUUUUGCCUCUAGCAUCACCAAAAAUGUUCCACGGGUUUUCCACCAAGACGAAAUUAGAGAUGUUGCUGCUGUUACUCCUCGCACCACCGCUAAAAGCAACAACUUAAUCACUAUACCACGUAGGUUAGAAUGGGUUGUUGAUUCAUUUUUAUUAUCAUCCAUUCAUUUUGCAGAAACUAGGGCUUCUGAUUUAAUGAUGCAGUAUGAGUUUGAUAUCGUUGAUUUCCAUGAGUAUGGAGCCAAUCACAUCAAAAGACAAUUCCAUGUCUCACCGGAUGCGUUUAUACAAAUGAUAUUUCAACUAGCCUACUAUGCUCUUUACGGUAAGUUUGAAACAACCUAUGAACCGGCAAUGACAAAAACUUUCAAGCAUGGUAGAACUGAAGCCAUAAGAUCAGUAAGCAAUGACUCUAAAAAAUUUGUCCAUUCAAUUUUCGAUAAUGUAAGCACAGACAGAGAACGUGUCAAACUAUUGCAAGAGGCUUGUAAGGAACAUUCAAGAAUAACCAAAGAAGCUAGUUGUGGCUUGGGGCAAGAUCGCCAUUUAUAUGCCUUGUAUUGUGUUUGGAAGGAAAUGGGAAACAACGACGACACUUUGCCACCAAUGUUUAGCGAUAAAGGUUGGAAAAUAUUGAACACAAACAUUUUGAGCACUUCAAAUUGUGGCAAUCCAUGCUUGAAAAGUUUUGGUUUUGGUCCAGUAACUAACAACGGGUUUGGGUUAGGUUACAUUAUCCGACCAGAUUCUGUAACUAUCGUUCUGUCCUCCAAACAUAGACAGACCGAAAGAUUCGCUAAAUUAAUUGAAAAAUCCCUACUAGAAAUAAACCAUGUUUUUGAAAGAAAAGAGGGAUCAACCUUCAAAAAUACUCACACGUUGACUGAAACUAAAGGCAGUAGCACAGAUAUGAAAUUCCUAAUGAGUGGUUAUGAUUACUUUGAUGUAAGUGUACAUGGAUAA